CACUCGCUUCACGCAGGGAAGCUAUCGGCGAGAGUGGCUUCCCUUGGCAACUCUUCUCCUCGUCAAACUACAUUUAGCACGUCGAAGCAUGGCCCUCCAGAAAGAAGACCCAAACAACCCUAUUGUUUUCUUCGAUAUCGCCAUUGGAAACACAGAGGUUGGGAGGAUUAAGUUUGAACUAUUUGCAAAUGAUGUACCCAAAACAGCAGAAAAUUUCAGACAGUUUUGCACAGGAGAAUGUCGGAGGGAUGGUUUACCAGUUGGUUUUAAAGGAUCAACAUUUCACAGGGUCAUUAAAGACUUCAUGGUGCAGGGCGGUGACUUUGUAAACGGGGAUGGCACUGGCCUGACAAGUAUCUAUGGUGGCAGAGCAUUUGCUGAUGAAAACUUCAAGCGGAAACAUACAGGACCUGGAAUCUUAAGCAUGGCCAAUAGUGGUAAAGAUACCAAUGGCUGCCAAUUUUUUAUCACCUGUGCCAAGUGUGACUUUUUGGAUGGCAAGCAUGUGGUCUUUGGUCGUGUCAUUGAUGGGCUUCUGGUGCUUCGAAAAAUUGAAAAUGUGCCAACAGGACCUAACAACAAACCGAAGAUUGCCAUUGUUAUUGCACAAUGUGGAGAGAUGUGACGGAGGGCCUUUUAAACUGUUGUCUUCCAUCGUCUUUUCACUACACUCGCAGAUCUUUGCAGCAUUUUUGACAAAAUUGUGUAUAAUUUUAGGUAGUGACCAUCUCUUGUGCCACAAUCAGGCUGCUAGAGCUGACAUGGCAAUCUGCACAUCGUGUCUGCUGCCAUCUGAAGUCUGCUUCUGUUUAUUAGGAUGACUGUUUCCUGAAGGGAGGCCAAAGUACAGAGGACCAAUUGAGGAAACUGUGACAAAUUUCAAAGCUCUUAGCAAGAGGUGUAUAUCAAUGCAUACACGUGUGUGAGUUGAUAAAAUGAACAGUUGACAUCUUUCUCGUGCUUUUAUCAUAUUAUCAUUUUUACAUGUACCUCAUUGUGUAUGUGGCCAAACCUUACUGAAAGGCAGGCAAUGCUGUGGGGCAAUAGCAUAAGCAUCAAACCAUGCGUUUGAUUAAAGUGUUGAAAAACAAGA